CAGUUCCGGCCAGACUCGAGGCACACAGGGUUUAUGGUCACUGACUUCAUUGAGCCAGGGAGCACGGAAGUGCCGCCCCUGUGCAACUUGGGUUUUCUUUAUCCUGCAGUUUUUACCUCAGCAGAGCUGCACACCAGAGACUUGCUCCAGCUCUUUGUGUGUGGCUCUCUCAAGAGCAAGCUGUGGGUCUGUGAGUUUUUAUGUGUGCUUUUAUUCACCUCACACUUACUGAAAAGUGUGUAUGUGAGAGGGUGGGGUGUGUGUGUCAAAGAGAGUGAGGAACAGAAGGAGAGACAGAUCAAUUGAUUCCGCGGCCUCAGCUCCAGCAUCCCUCAGUUGGGAGCUUCUGUAGCCAGGUGAUCACUUGGGGUGCAUAGCUUGGAGAUGCAGUCCCCCUGGAAAAUCCUUAUGGUGGCACCUCUAUUCUUGCUCCUGUCUCUUCAGUCCUCGGCCUCUCCAGCCUACGAUGACUCAUCCAGGCCCAGAGACUCGAAUGGGCACACCUGUGUAGGGUGUGUGCUGGUGGUGUCUGUGAUUGAACAGCUUGCUCAAGUUCACAACUCGACGGUCCAGGCCUCGAUGGAGAGACUUUGCAGCUACCUGCCUGAAAAACUGUUCUUGAAAACCACUUGCUAUUUAGUCAUUGACAAGUUUGGAUCAGACAUCAUAAAACUGCUUAGCGCAGAUAUGAAUGCGGAUGUGGUAUGUCACACUCUGGAGUUUUGUAAACAAAACACUGGCCAACCAUUGUGUCAUCUCUACCCUCUUCCCAAGGAGACAUGGAAAUUUACACUAAAGAAGGCAAGACAAAUUGUCAAGAAGUCCCCAAUUCUGAAAUAUUCUAGAAGUGGUUCUGACAUUUGUUCACUCCCGGUUUUGGCCAAGAUCUGCCAGAAAAUUAAAUUAGCUAUAGAACAGUCUGUGCCAUUCAAAGAUGUAGAUUCAGACAAAUACAGCGUUUUCCCGACCCUGCGGGGCUAUCACUGGCGGGGGAGAGACUGUAAUGACAGCGACGAGUCAGUGUACCCAGGUAGAAGGCCAGACAACUGGGAUGUCCAUCAGGAUUCAAACUGUAAUGGCAUUUGGGGUAUUGAUCCAAAAGAUGGCAUUCCAUAUGAGAAGAAAUUCUGUGAAGGUUCACAGCCCAGGGGAAUCAUUUUGCUGGGAGACUCAGCUGGGGCUCAUUUUCACAUCUCUCCUGAAUGGAUCACAGCGUCACAGAUGUCUUUGAACUCUUUCAUCAAUCUACCAACAGCCCUUACCGAUGAGCUCGACUGGCCCCAACUCUCUGGUGUUACAGGAUUUCUGGACUCCACUGUUGGACAGCCUGCGGGAGCCUCGGGAGUGUGCAAGAAUAAUAGGAGGAGAUUAAAUGGGACUCUCCAAGGAGGUGCAUCUUCCCGAAACCUGAAAAAAUUUAUAGAAAGCUUGUCUAGAAACAAGACGUUGGACUAUCCCGCCAUCAUUUUAUAUGCCAUGAUUGGAAAUGAUGUCUGCAAUGGGAAGAGUGACCCAGUCCCAGCCAUGACCACUCCUGAGAAACUGUACUCCAAUGUCAUGCAGACUCUGAAGCAUCUAAAUUCCCACCUGCCCGAUGGCAGCCAUGUUAUUUUGUAUGGCUUACCAGAUGGAACCUUUCUCUGGGAUAAUUUGCACAACAGAUAUCAUCCUCUCGGCCAGCUAAAUAAAGACGUGACCUAUGCGCACUUGUACUCCUUCCUGAACUGCCUCCAGGUCAGCCCCUGCCACGGCUGGAUGUCUUCCAACAAGACGUUGCGGACUCUAACUUCAGAGAGAGCAGAGCAACUCUCCAACACACUGAAAAAAAUUGCAACCAGUGAGAAAUUUACAAACUUCGAUCUUUUCUACAUGGAUUUUGCCUUCCAUGAAAUCAUACAGGAGUGGCAGAAGAGAGGCGGCCAGCCCUGGCAGCUCAUCGAGCCCGUGGAUGGAUUCCACCCCAACGAGGUGGCUUUGCUGUUGUUUGCGGAUCGUUUCUGGGAGAAGGUGCAGCUCCAGUGGCCCCAAAUCCUGGGAAAGGAGAAUCCAUUCAACUCCCAGAUUAAACAGGUGUUUGGAGACCAAGGCGGGCACUGAGCCUCUCAGGAGCAUGCACCCCUGGGGAGCACAGGGAGGCAGAGGCUUGGGUAAACUCAUGCCACAAACCCUGUGAGGGCUGCUACGUCACAGGCCCAAAGGAGUCUCCUUCAGCAGCAUCUUUGCAAAAUGUCUUUCUCUCAACGAAGAGCAUAUCUGGAUGACUGUGCAACUCUGUCUGCUCCUGGGAUCAGUAACCCUUCCAUUGUUCCUGAAAUAACCUUUAAUAAAGUGCUUUGGGUGCCAUUCCAAGCAAGAGAGUAUCUGUGCCCUUUACAGCUAAUUGUUCUAAAAGGAGUUUCUAAAA